AUGGUGCCCGCCAACGAUGCGUGGGUGCUGGGAAUGCAGUGCGACAGAUUCGGUAAAAGCAAGGCGUGCGGACCGGCCCCGGCGUACCCCGACUGCCACAUUUUUUUCACCUUCAAUUUUCGGGGCGGCCUGGCGCAGAGGGAGGGGAUGGAACAAGCCGCUGCGAACGCCAGUGUGGAGCCGGGCCCCGGGCGGUGGGCCCUUAUGUACAUGAACCGGGGGCCCGACGUCGUGGAGGUGUCGUUCGAUGCCGUGGUGUCCAUGCACAAUCGAGACUCGUGGGGGCGGCGGCAGUAUCUGGGUGUCGGAGACGAGAAGCUGCCAGCGGCGCACGUGGUCAUUUCACUGCUCUUCUUGCUGCUGGCAGCAUGGUGGGCCUGCAUAUGCCAGAACGAGCUGCAGAUUCGCCACAUCCAUCUUCUGAUGCUGUCAGCGGUCGUUCUCAAGCAUGUUGCAUGUAUGGCCAAGGCAGGCAUGCUGCAAAGCAUAAAUGCCACUGGCCAUCCAUCUGCAUUGAGCACUGCCUUCCACUUGUUCAACAGCAUGCAUGCUGUUGCUUUGGUUGCGGUUCUCGUGCUCCUCAAGGCAGGCUGGACACAUUCCACAGCGCAUCUUGGCCUAGGCCACAAGGCAGCCUUGCUGCUGGCCUGCCUCAUGCAGGGUGCUGCCAGCGUUGCUGCAAUCGUGCUGGCAAAUUGCUCACCGGUUCUCAAGUCAUGGAUGACCUGGAGUGACUUGUACUGGGUCAUGGAUAUUGGAAGUUUUGGUGCCCUACUGACUGUUUAUCCGUCCUUCAUGCUGGAGGUCCGUGCACAAAUACUCCCCAAAGCCUUCUUUGCCAUUUUAAGGCGUCCGGUUGUAAGUGCCCUGCAUUCCUCAGUUGUCUUCUGUUUGCUGUCCUAUGUGGUGCCUAACUUGAAGGCGGCCAUAGCGAAUUUGGCAGUGGUCAAUCCAGGCUUCUUGUAUGAUGGCCUUAUGCUUCAUGCUGCAGCAGUUCAUGCGCCGCUGUUGUUUGUGGUGUUUGGCUUGGAGUACUGCCGGGUCUCAAGAAUUGAAUCAGAUCCCUCGCACAUAUUGAAAGUGCAGCGCUGGACCAUAUUUUCCUUUACAAUUGCAGUGCACUUCUACUUCACACGAAUCGUGGUGAGUUUCUUGCAGUAUGCAACAGUGGAACGCCAUUGGUUCUAUGGCGUUUGGGGUGAGGUCUGCUCUUUCUUUUUUCAUAUGCUCGUGGGCUACCUCUUCGUACCUAUGAGCAGCAACUCGUUGCACAAACCAGCCUUGGAUGAUGCCCGGAAUAAGACAGACAGUGCAACAAUUGGUUCCGAAUAA